AAAGGUGGUGACAGAAUGUCAGUUUCAAGUUCAACAUGAAGCAGUUCGCAUUGUUCAGCAUCUUCCUCCUGAUUCUGGUUUUGGGACUGGCCCAGAUGCCCCAGCAGGUCGCUGCCCAGGGCCCAGGACAGCAGCAGGGACAGCCGCCAAGACCGCCACCAAAUGGCAAUGGAAACGGCAGUGGCAACCAGCAGGGUGGACAAGGACAAAGUGGCCAAAACAACUAGGACCAUGAUGUUUCUGGGGUGGACACACCUCCUCGGCACUUUCCAGGUUACUUAAAUAAAUACUUUCUUCAGCAAACUAAA